UAUUAUUCAAUAUGAGAAGACUCCUUGAAAAAGUAACUGGAAAAGAGAAUACCAAUAGUACAAAUAAAGAUUAGUCUGAAUAGGAUACAAAGAUAUCCUUAAAUGAAAUAAUGGAAGAAGAAGCCCAUUAUGAAAUUGAUGAAGAUGAUAAACUUUAUUAUUAGGAUGUCUUAAAAUUUGAAGCUUAAAAAGCCAAACUUUGGACCAAGCCUGAUUUCUAAUCUCAUUUACUAGUAUAUACAAAACUAAAAUAUAAUAAAGAAUUAACUACUGAAAAAUUGUCUUCCUAUAGAGUUUAUAAGUAUUCUUAAUUUUAAAUAAUCAAAGGAGGCUUUAUAAUGACAAGAUUAAAAAUAGUAAGGAUUUAACUAUUUAUGAAAAAGUACUCUUCCAUCCAGAUUUAACAUAAUUAGAUUAUGAAUAUAUCUAAGUAGAAAACAGAAAAGUAGUAAGAAAUGUAAUUAAUCUCUCCUUAUGAAAGGCUGGAAUAAUUGAAAUAACUGCAAUUGGAGGUUUAGGAUAUUGUUAUUUCAAGACAAAUCUAAGAAAUAAAAAAGGAUUUUACGGAGUAUUCAUGUUAGCCCCAGCAUUUGUACUUUUUGGAGGAUACACAUUUGAAAAAUAUAGAUUUUUAAGAAAACUUUAUAAUGUAGAAUUAGAUAAAAAAUAUAACAUUCCAUCAUGA